AUGGUUGUGGAUCUAGACAAAUACUCGGCGUCUUACGCAUUUUUUGAAGGCCUUUACGAAGCCGGCGUUUCGCAUGUCUUCGUCAACCUGGGGUCGGAUCACCCGGCCAUCAUGGAGGCUCUUGCUCGUGGGGCCCAAGUGAAAGGCGUACAGUUCCCACGAGUCAUUACGUGCCCGCACGAGAUGGUCGCGAUGUCGAUGGCAGACGGCUUUGCUCGUGUGACCGGCAAGCCACAGUGCGUCCUUGUCCAUGUCGAUGUGGGCACCCAAAAUCUGGGUUGUGCUGUGCACAACGCAUCAUUAGGCCGAUGUCCGGUGUUUGUAUUUGCAGGCCUCUCGCCUUUCACUCAAGAGGGCGAGAUGACAGGCUCGCGGACAGAGUACAUCCACUGGCUUCAAGACGCCCCUGACCAAAAGCAGAUUAUCUCGCAAUUCUGUCGCUAUACCGGAGAAUUCAAGACCGGCCGCAAUAUCAAACAGGUCAUGAAUCGGGCGCUGCAAUUUGCAACGAGUGACCCGAAAGGUCCUGUCUAUAUCACUGGUGCCAGAGAGGUAAUGGAGCAAGAAAUAACUCCCUAUGCCCUAAAUCAGUCGGCCUGGGCGCCAAUAGCUCCAACUGCUCUCACAUCAGAUGCAGUAGAACUAAUCGUUUCUACCAUGGCUGCUGCACAGAAUCCGCUGAUUAUUGUCGGAUAUACUGGGCGUAACCAUGCCACGGUUGGUGAGCUGGUUCAACUAGCGGAUAGCAUUCCGGGGGUUCGAGUACUCGAUGCUCUUGGGAGUGACGUUUGCUUUCCAUUUUCUCACCGUGCCUCGCUCGGCGUGAAGAUUGGGGUCGACCCUAGUAUUGAGGAGGCCGACAUGAUUCUCGUUGUCGACUGCGACGUGAGCUGGAUUCCGACGCGAUGCAAGCCACGAGACGACGCCAAGAUUAUCCACGUUGACGUCGACCCCCUCAAGCAGAAUAUUCCUAUCUAUUACAUUCCGGCAUUUCGACGGUAUAGAGCACACUCCGAGACAGCAUUACGGCAGAUGAAUACAUACAUCUCGCAGCAUAUGGAUUAUUCCAAGUUACCCACCAAGGAGCCGUAUAUCUCACGCUGGGCAGCGCUCGAGGAGACCCAUAGAGCACGACUCCAGGAACUAGAUGCACUCGCCAGCCCGCCAGCAGACGACACAGCACACCCGACGGUCCACUACCUCGUUGCUCAGCUCCGCAGGAGAUGUCCUGGGAACACAGUCUGGACGGUUGAGGCGGUUACAAACGCUAUGCAUGUUUACAACCAGCUCCGGGUAGACAUGCCGGGUCACCUUAUCCACCACGGUGGUGGCGGCUUGGGUUGGUCUGGCGGUGGCACUCGAGGUGUGAAAUUAGCACAGGAUUACAUUGCCGGCGGGAAGGGCAACUUUGUUUGCGAGAUUGUGGGCGAUGGUACAUUCCUCUUUGGGUGCCCUGGCACGGUCUACUGGGUAGCCAGGCGCUAUGAGUUGCCAGCCCUGACGAUCGUACUGAGCAAUAAAGGUUGGAACGCACCUCGGAACUCGAUGCAGCUCGUCCACCCCAACGGCUACGGUGCCGCCAUAUCCAAUGAAGACUUGAAUAUCUCAUUUGCGCCGACCCCAGACUACUCGGGGAUCGCGAAGGCUGCUGCAGGCCAUGAGGCCUGGGCUGGGGUAGCAGCCAGUGUGAGAGAUCUCGAUGCCAUGCUUGGAGAGGCGGUCAAGGCCGUGGAAAACGGCAUGUCGGCCAUCCUCGAGGUCCGCCUCGAUGGAAGCUGGGAGCUCGGUCAUCCUACGCCCAACUGA